AUGCUAGAUCGCACCCACGAGAGUCUGCCUCCGAAAGAGAACGACGACAAUACAUACACGCUGGGAAACAUUGGGCGCCACAACAUUGUCAUGGCAUGUCUGCCUUUGGGCCAAUACGGAACGAAUAAUGCAGCAAUCGUCGCAAGCAAUAUGCACCGAAGCUUCCCCUCUAUUCGAAUCCGGCUGAUGGUGGGCAUUGGUGGCGGCGUACCAGGCCAUGUUGAUAUCCGACUCGGCGAUAUUGUGGUUGGCAACAGGGUAAUACAGUACGACAUGGGGAAGAUGCUUUCUGGUGGCCGGAUUCAACGGACCGGCGUCCCGAGAGAACCACCGUCUGCCCUCUUGAAAGCCAUAGCUCAACUGCAGGCGCAUCACGAACGAACGGCUAGCCAAGUGCCCGCUAUUCUCGCAAAAGUCUUCGAGCGUUAUCCCAGUCUCUCCAGAUUCGCCUAUCCGAUCGCACUCGAAGAUCGACUGUUUCGCGCGACGUACGAGCACGGUCAACAGCCAGACUGCCAUCACUGUGACCUUUCAGAAUUACAAGGUCGGCCAGAACGGACCAGUCGAGAUCCCAAGGUGUAUCAUGGUGGCAUUGCAUCUGGAAACCAGGUUGUCAAAAGCGCCAAAGAUCGUGACGCCCUCGCACAAGAGCUCGGCAUCAUCUGUUUCGAGAUGGAAGCGGCCGGCUUGAUGGAUAUCUUCCCAUGUCUUGUGAUCAGAGGAAUCUGCGAUUAUGCAGACUCUCACAAGAACAAACAGUGGCAACCCUAUGCCGCAGCAACAGCUGCAGCCUUCGCAAAAGAACUGCUUUCUGUCAUCGCUACAAGUGCAGCAGCGAUGACGCCAGCAGUGGUGCAAGACUCAAGGGCAACAGAAACGCCAACGCCAACGCCAACGCCACACGAUAAGCAUGGGUCCUACAAAGACUGGCUGGAUCCUAGCAAAGCAGCCCAGCACCGUGGCUUUUUAUGGAUCCGCGGAAAGCCUGGUGCCGGAAAGUCAACGUUGAUGAAGUUUGCAUACGGCAACGUGAGAAGACGGUCCGAAGCCAACACCUGUCACAUUUCCUUCUUCUUCAAUGCCCGAGGAGAUGAACUGGAGAAAUCAACAGUCGGACUACAUCGGUCCCUGCUGCUGCAGGUCAUGGAGCGUGUCCCAGAUCUACAAUCGGUUCUCGACGAUCCAGUCCUUAUCCCACAACAACAGUCAGUCUGCCCUAGCACCGAAGUUCUCAGGGAACUUUUCCGCAACGCUGUGAUGGGUCUCGGCCAGCGGCGUUUGGUCUGCUUCGUUGACGCUCUCGAUGAGUGCGAUGAAGAACAGGUUCGAGAGAUGGUGACGUACUUUGAGGACCUCGGGGAUGAGGCCACCAACGACGGCAUCCAACUCCAGAUCUGCUUUUCCAGUCGCCAUUAUCCUCACAUUGAAAUCGAAAACGGCCUAAGACUCACUCUUGAAGACCAGCCCGGACACGAGAAAGAUCUUGAAAAAUACGUCCGAAGCUGCCUUCGGGUAGGCAAACGGUCAGACGCCGAAGAAAUCAAGAACGGGGUCCUGAAGAAGGCCAACGGCGUCUUCAUGUGGGUCGUUUUGGUUGUCGACAUUCUGAACAAGGAGUACGCACGAGGCCGCAUCUCCGCAGCAAGAAGAAAACUCGACGAGAUUCCGAGCCGACUGAGCGAGCUAUUCAAAGAUAUCGUCAGACGCGAUAACGAACACAUGGAGGAUCUCCUCCUCUGCAUCCAGUGGAUACUCUACGCAAAGCGGCCGCUAACCCGAGAGGAGUUUUACUUCGGGAUGCUUUGUCGUUCGCCUGAGGAUCUCAGUGCGUUCGACCCGGAAAGGAUCACCAACAGCGAUCUGGACCUAGCCGUCGUUAGCUCAUCCAAAGGGCUGGCGGAGAUCACAAAGUCGAAAGUCGGGACCGUCCAAUUCAUCCACGAAUCGGUACGCGACUUUCUCAUCAAAGACAACGGGCUACAAGAUAUUUGGCCCGAGAUUGGCGAGAAGUUUCAAAGUACGGGACAUGAGAAGCUGAAACAGUGCUGCCAUGCGUACAUCAACUUUGGAACGACUAACCACAUUGAUAUUACUGAGUCGCUUCCGAAGGCCAACUCACCAGGAGCAAAAGAGUUACGCCAGAGAAUAUCAAAGGAGUUGCCCUUUGCCGAGUAUGCAGCUGAGCAUGUGUUAUACCACGCCAAUGCUGCUGCGACUGAGAUACCUCAAAAUGACUUCUUGGAAGGAUUUUCACUGCGAGAGUGGAUUCAUCUCAACAACGUCCUCGAGAAGCAUGAAAUCCGACGAUACACACCAAACGCAAAUCUCGUAUACAUCCUGGCGGAAAAGAAUCUAAUCCAGUUGGUUGAAACAUAUGUGAGAGAUCAUCCCAACAACAUUCACGUCAUGGGAGAGAGAUAUCAGUUUCCAAUGUUUGCUGCUCUGUCCAACGGGUAUCUGCUUGCAGCCAAGGCACUUUUCGGACAGACUGCAAAAUCCUACCGUCACGAAGACCUCUUCUCAAGCAUCUACAGCACAAAGAACCUAGUCAUUCGGAAGAACCAGACACCGCUUCUUUGGGCAAUCGAAAAUCGACUUGUGGCCCUUGCCACAAUCAUGGCCGCCGACACAAACACGGACCCAAGUCUGGUUGACGAGUACCGCCGCACAGCGCUUCAUUUGGCCUCUAUACUUGGAGAUGAUGCUGCCGCGGUCGUCCUGGUCGAAAGUUUGAUCGAUCUUCAUGCAAAGCGUCUAAACAAAGCAUUGGCAUCAACAACCAUGGACACCGCUCAGGCAUCCCAACCAAUAACAGCCAAAGCUAGUGUUGAUAUGUUCACUUUUAUCAACAGGAAGGAUUCUAGUGGAGGGUCGCCGCUAUCGCUUGCUGCUUCCGGUGGAUUCGACCAUGUCGUUCAGAAGCUUGUUGAUAAGGGUGCUUCAAUCGACACAAGAGACAUCACAUCGCAGACACCAUUCUAUCUUGCUGCCUAUGCAGGCCAUGCAACUGUAGUCAGGAUUCUUCUUGAGAAUGGGGCGCCUGUAGAUGACUUAGAUCGCAAUGGCAACACAGCACUCCACGAUGCUGCUGGUGGCGGCCACACGGCUGUGGCUACGGUCCUCCUUGACUACGGGGCGUCCGUUAGCAAGACAAACUAUGACGGAAUGACGCCCAUUCAUUUGGCUGCCACUAGGGGCCAUGAGGCUGUGGUCAAAAAUCUUCUCGAACAUGGGGCGCCUGUGGAUGACUUAGAUCGCAAUGGCAACACAGCACUCCACGAUGCUGCUGGUGGCGGCCACACGGCUGUGGCUACAGUCCUCCUUGACUACGGGGCGUCCGUUAACAAAAUAAACUGUAACGGAAUGACGCCCCUUCAUUUGGCUGCCACUAGGGGCCAUGAGGCUGUGGUCAAAAAUCUUCUUGAACACGGGGCGCCUGUGGAUGACGUAAACUGCAAUGGCGAAACAGCACUCCACUAUGCAGCUUGGUACAGCCGUACGGCUGUAGCUACAAUACUGCUUGAAUACGGGGCGUCCGUUAACAAAAUAAACUGUAACGGAACGACGCCCCUUCAUUUGGCUGCCUAUGAGGCCUAUGAGGCUGUGGUCAAAACUCUUCUCGAACAUGGGGCGCCUGUGGAUGACGUAAACCGCAAUGGCGAAACAGCACUCCAUAAUGCUGUUAGGUACGGCCAUACGGCUGUGGUUGCAACCCUCCUUGAAAAUGGGGCGCGCUCUAACAAGGGAGUCGGUUUGGUCGGCAGGACUCCUCUUCAUCUGGCUGUUAAAUAUGGCAAGGUGGGUGCAGUCAAACUCCUUCUCAAGCAUGGGGCGUCUAUCCACGAUAAAGACAGGAACGGCCAAACACCCUUGUCGCUUGCCAUCGCUCGCGGUGAUCAAGCGGUGGCCAAAAUGUUGGAGGAGAAUCACACAAAUAUAGAAGGUCCAAAGUAA